AUGUGCUUCUACCACGCAUACUCGCACAGGUGCGGCCACACUCAAAUGGUGCUCCAACAGCUUUGUCCCAAGGGCCAGAUGAAGCAGCAAAAGUGCGCUCGCGGGCAGGAUGGCACCAUCUUGGCGACCGUCAAGGUCGAGACACCAUGUAGCGUUUGUCCGAACAGGUCUGAGGACAUACGCGGUGCGGUUUGGCUUUAG